AAAGCGUCAAAAAUUGUCAGAAAAAAAAACCAUUUUAUCUGUUGCACAGAUAUAGCAUCCUAAGUCAGCAUUACCUUAUCGUCGGUCUUCAAUUUGGGGGUUUCUUUAGUGUGUCAGAAAUUUCUUUUCAUUUUGUUUUAUGAUUCCAAGAAUCACAGAAAAGAAAAUUAUGCUGAAAACGAAAUAAAAUGAAAAUUAUUUAUUUACUUAUUAAAAUAAAAAGGCAGUAAUUGGUUACAAAAAUGGAUGUGGUUACGUUCGGCAUCAUAGUGGCCGUAAUCCUGCUUUUCUUAGUCAUUGUCUGUUUCAUCACCAUUGAAGGCACCUGCAAACGCCGUUCUUAGUCCGUCUUUUUCUUACUCUAUUACUCCCCCAUCCAAACACAGCCUUUUCUUUCAAUUUCCCUAAAAGCUAAAAAAGGGUAUUUUCUUUUAAUUUUAAACAAAAAAAUGUCUUUUGAGAAAACACCCAUAUUUUUGGCGGUGCUUUUGGUUAUGGUGAGUUUGGAUCUGUGUUUCGGGAGUGGAUUCGGUGUGUCGCUGGCGCACGGGGGCCAUGGGCAUCAUCACCAUUGUGAUCAUGGACAUGACCACCACCAUCACCAUCAACAUCACCAUGAUCAUGACCAUCAUCAUCACCUCCGUUCGGAGGAGGAGAAGAAGAAGAAGAUGAUGUUGCCGGAGGAGUUGGCUGAGGACGAAGACAUGAAAUUGUACGGAUUUGGGCCCUAUCGAGGUGAUCAUGAUCACGACCAUUAUCAUCAAGACCUCUCCGGUUUAGGCCUUUGGUUACAUGCAAUGGGAUGCUCACUCUUAGUAAGCUUGGCUUCCCUUAUUUGCCUGAUUAUUUUACCUGUGAUAUUUAUACAAGGAAAACCAUCCAAGGCAGUUGUUGAUUCAUUGGCUUUAUUUGGGGCAGGAGCCAUGUUAGGGGAUGCUUUUCUUCACCAGUUGCCACAUGCUUUUGGUGGUGAACACUCCCACUCACAUGAUGACCAUGUGGAUCAUGCUCAUACCGUUCACACUGAGCAUGAUCAUGCACAUGCACACUCUUUAAAGGAUCUUUCUGUGGGCUUGUACAUUCUUGCUGGGAUAGUACUGUUUCUUCUUGUGGAAAAGGUGGUCAGAUAUGUUGAAGAAAACUCUGGAAGGGCUAGUGGAUGGAGCCAUGGUCAUCACCACCAUCAUCAUAAGAGCAAUACAAAAUUAAAAAAUGAUGAUGAUGAUGUUCAUGACAACAGUUCACAAUCACUAGGUGACAUGUCAAAUGGCUCUUUGAAUGAAGAUAAUGCAACUCAGCAUGAAAUCCGAAAGAGAAAGAUUUCUGCUGGUACCAAUGAUGAUAAAUCAGAUAUAGAUCCUGCAGAUGGCUGUGCAAAUAGUGUUAAAACCUUGGUAGAAAAGGAAACUUCUCAUUCAUCAUCAAACCUGGUGUUUGGCUAUCUCAAUCUAUUCUCUGAUGGUGUUCACAAUUUUACUGAUGGGAUGGCUUUAGGAAGUGCUUUUUUGAUUUAUGGAUCUGUUGGUGGGUGGUCCAGAACUCUAUUUUUGCUUGCACAUGAGCUUCCUCAAGAGGUUGGUGAUUUUGGUAUAUUGGUAAGAUCUGGUUUCAGUGUUUCAAAAGCCCUGUUCUUCAACUUUCUUUCGGCGCUGGUGGCACUAGCAGGAACUGCUAUGGCUUUGCUUUUGGGACAAGAUCCUGGACGGUCAUCUUUGAUUGAGGGUUUUACAGCUGGUGGAUUUAUAUACAUUGCCAUUGCCGGCGUGCUUGCAGAAAUGAAUAACAAUAGCAACACAACAUUGAAAAGUACUGCAGUGCAUUUAAUCUCAUUAACAUUUGGCAUGGCUGUUGCGCUUUGUAUUUCACUUUUAGAAUAAAGUUCAUUCAAGUUAAUUUUUGUUCACAUGCCUCAAAGCACGUGCAGGAAGGAUUGAAUCACAGCUUUCUUCUGACUCCAGGUUCCUGCUCGUUUUUGAGAGGUAAACUACCCUAUGUUUGAUCUCAGAAAUUAGGAGAGAGAAUGAUAAAUGUUACAGCUUACUCCUUUAUCUGAGUGCCCUUCUUUUUAUAAACCAGUAACAUUAUAUUGUAGGAAAAAUAGUGCUACAGAUUUUUUAGCUCUUUUUUACGUAGUGGGAAUGCUUUUUGUCUAAAGAUUGUAACUGGUUAGAAGGAAAGAGUGUCUGUUGUGAUUCCUGAGUGCUAUAUAAAAUUGCAAAUGGAGCUUGUCCCCAUAUGCUGCAUGCUGACACGUCACUUUGGCACCAAAAUCAUUUGCGUUCUUUUUAUUAAAGUUAAAGAAGAUAAUGUUUAAGAAAAAAUAUUAUGGAUUUGAUGCUGCACAGAAGAUACCAGAAUCAAAGCAUAUACAUUAUAUCAUGAAAAAAUAAAUAAAAAAGGGAAUUACUGUUGAUGCAUUGAAGCAAGAGUGCUUAACAUAUGAGGAUAAUCUUUGUAAAAGGAAAAGUUGAGCAACACUGAGCCAUUUAACAAUAAAAUAUAAUAAAAGAUAAAAGAAAUCUCAUUUCAAAUUAGCGUUGGACAGCCAUGUAGUUAGCGCAUGCUUUUAACAGACGAUGAGAUGAGCUGGUCACCUUGACUGUAUUGAGAACCGAGAAUUCUUUCAGCUUGGUUGGUUGUUUAUUUGUUUUGAUUCUCGUCUCUUUUGCCUUUGCUGAGCCAUCUAUUGGUUAACUGGGUUCGUAGCUCUACAUUUGUUCUUUCUGCGAAUUGAUAUGGUUUUGAAAGGAUUAGAUAAAAUACAAAAAUAAAAAAUAAAAAAAGGAAGGGCUUGUUUGUGUACAUCUCUUUUUGGAGUUCAGUACGUGUGCAAUCUGGUUCUUGAUUUGGGCCUGGCUGAAAUCUUCAACUACCAAAUUUGUACGCUCCCGCUUUAAGAAUUCGUUGCAUUAUACUUGUAAAUACUUGAAUUCAUAUAUGAGAAUCUUUUUUUCCGUAACUUUUUUAGUACAAUACUUCCUUAUUGAAUACAGAUCUCCACGGAACAGUGUAAUAUUUAUUAUUAUUUUUCAUCAGUCCCUUAUUGAAACUGAAAUACCUUCUUCGAAAAGCACAAGUCUAGAAAAUGGCGUUAUAAUUCGAUUUGAUCCUCCAGGGAGUCAUAAUUGUUCCUCAAUAAGAUAAGCUUUGGAUAUAAAUAACACACAGAUCACAAGUAUUCGCACAUGCUAGUACUACAGUUCUGAAACCUGGGCUACAUCUAGUCUAGGAUUUUCUUUUUCCCAUCUAGUCUGGGAUUUUCUUUUUCUGACAUCUUUCCAGAUGCAUUUGAAACUAAGCAUUACAGGAUUGAAAAGGAUGGGAAAUUUUGAGGUAUUAGUUUUUGCAUAUACCUUUUCAAGAGUUAAACUUGUCGAAUUCCUCAAGCAUUUGGAAAAUGGUGAGGUUCUGAGUUGGUAGUGGACGGAGAGGAGGCAUUCUAACAAGAGGCUUCAUUAUGUGGUCGUCACGGGUGAGAGUGUGAUGCCUUUUCCGCACUGCUCU